AUGGCCGCGCAUACUAAUAAGACUUCAGGCUACAUCGGCGGGGAAGCAUUCUAUUCGCUGUAUGAGGCUCACUCUGACUACGAGUAUACACUUCUCGUACGCAAUGAAGAGCGAGGUAAACCGGUCGCCGAGAAAUACCCCAAAGUGCGGCUGGUGUACGGCACGCUGGACAGUGCCGAUGUCAUCGAGAAGGAGGCCGCCGCAGCAGACAUUGUAGUCCAUACUGCCAAUUCCGCAGACAACAUCCCCUCAGCCCGAGCCAUCGCCAAAGGCAUAUCAGCCGGGCACACGGACGAGAAACCUGGCUACUGGAUUCACGUCUGUGGAACCGGCAUCCUACAGUGGUACGACCAGGAGUUCAAUCGAACUGGCCAGCCCCCCCUACCAGAGCAGAAAUACCACGACAUCGACGACAUCGACCGGGUACUAACACUACCCCACCAAGCGGAGCACCGCGACGUCGACGAAGUCGUCCUGCAAGCCAACCAAACUGGCGGGGUGCGCACCCUCAUUGUUGGUCCACCUACCAUCUAUGGACGAGGACGUGGCCCAGUCAACCAGCGUAGCAUGCAGGUGUACAACUUGGCGAAGCAAACGCUCGAGGGUGGAUUUGCACCCAUCGUGGAGCCGGGCAAGACAGAAUGGGACAAUGUACACAUACACGACCUAGGUGCAUUCUUCGUGCUAGCCGUCGAUGCAGCGCUAAACCCCGAGAAGAGUAAGAACCCGGAGAUAUUCGGGCCCAGGGCAUACUAUUUCCUCGAACAUGGCACCCACCUCUGGGCCGACGUGGCGAAGUGGAUUGCGGACGAGGCGGCAAAGCAGGGUUUAAUCGAGAAGGCGGAGACGAAAACGGUGCCGCAUAGUCAGGCUGCGUGUAAGACCUGGGGCUGGAACUCGAAGGGUGUGGCGGCGAGGGCCAAGAAGUAUCUGGAUUGGGAGCCGAAGGGGAAGAGCUUGAAGGAUGAGAUACCGGAGGUUGUCAAGAGUGAGGCGGCACGGUUGAAGACGAAAUAA